UUCCUCUUCACAGUAGAAUCCAGAGAGAGACAUUGGGGAGGGCUCUAAUGGCAGAAUGAACAAAGGAAUUUCACAAUCUCUUCUUCUCCGAAGAGGAAGAUGGCUUUAGAAGAAGAGGAACAGAUUCAAAACGCACCGUAUUGUAUGCUUUUCUGUGAGGAAGAGAGUAGUGGGCUUGAUGAGGAAGGAGAAGUAGAUUUAUUAGGCGAGAAAUCCGACGAGAGCGUUGUAAAGUUUCCGUUUUUUCAUCUGGGUUUUCUCGAUCAUGAUAUGCUUUGGGAUGACGAUGAGUUAUCGGGUCUGAUUUCGAAAGAGGAAGAGCUAAAGCCGCGUCUUUGCGACGGAAUCUUAGAUGAUGAGUUUCUGGUUUUGUGUCGUGAAAAGGCUCUCGAUUGGAUCUUUAGAGUGAAAUCUCAUUAUGGGUUUAAUUCGUUGACGGCUCUUCUUGCUGUGAACUACUUCGAUAGGUUUAUUACAAGCCGGAUGUUUCAGACCGAUAAGCCAUGGAUGUCUCAGCUUACAGCUGUGGCUUGUCUGUCUCUUGCUGCUAAAGUUGAAGAGAUCCGAGUCCCAUUGCUCUUAGAUCUCCAAGUGGAAGAGGCAAGAUAUGUCUUUGAGGCUAAAACCAUACAGAGAAUGGAGCUUCUGAUUCUCUCUACUCUUCAAUGGAGGAUGCAUCCUGUGACUCCAAUCUCCUUUUUCGAUCACAUUACUCGACGACACAGCUCUAAAUCUCACCAGCAAUUGGAGUUCUUGAGUAGAUGUGAAUCUCUGUUGCUCUCCAUUGUUCCUGAUUCGAGGUUUUUGAGUUAUAGUCCUUCGGUGUUAGCUACUGCAAUAAUGGUUUCUGUCAUCAGAGAUCUCAAGACGUGUGACGAAGCUGAGUAUGAAUAUCAGCUCAUGACUCUUCUCAAAGUUGAUUCGGAGAAAGUAAAUAAAUGCUAUGAGUUAGUGCUAGAUCACAGUCCAAGCAAGAAAAGGAUGAUGAACUGGAUGCAACCCGCUAGUCCAAUCGGUGUAUUCGAUGCAUCAUUCAGCUCUGACAGCUCCGAUGAGUCUUGGGUUGUGUCUGCUUCUGCUUCUGCUUCAGUGUCUUCAUCAUCUUCACCAGAACCUUUGUUCAAGAGGAGAAGAGUGCAGGAACAGCAGAUGAGGCUCUCUUCAAUAAACAGAAUGUUUCUCGAUGUGUUCAGUACUAGUCCUCGCUAAUAAUUUCAACAACGGAUAAAAG